AUGGAGGCCAAUGUCGGGCGCGGGGCCACCGUGCGCUUCCGUGGCUACACCCAAGCAGUCAGCCAGCACUUCGUAAAGCGGAAUGCAGGCAAGAGCCUGAAGGUCGACGCCCGGGCUCUCAAGAAGACCCAUCAGCAUUUCGUCAGCACGGGCAGUGUCAUGCAGGCGAUGUACAGGAUGCUCUACCUUGGGACUCCACACAAGAUCACGCAGAAGCAGUUCGAUGAGGCGGCGCUCCAGACUGGGUGCAAGGGCCUGACUGCCUUUGCGGCCCUGCUGUACGUCGACCUGUCGUGCCUCUUCACCGUCUCCACCGGCCAUGCCCUGCUGUUUGGAGUGGUCAGCGACUUUGUGGACUACACGCUGAGGUCACUCAAAGACAUCAAGCCAGCAGACCCAGAUGCCAAGCUGGUCAUGUCUCGUGAAGCACACCAGCGGGUCGCGGCCCGCGGCCAGUUCCUGGUCGUGACUUCGGACUUCAGGCGGCGGUACAAAUGCAUCAUGCAGUACCGCAAGAGCUACCGCAUGGAGGACUGGCUGCACUUCGUUGAGACGUUCUCCAGCUACAUCUUCAAGAGGGACGUGCUGCCCGAGGCCUUGCGGGCCCUGUGUUGGAGCCUGUGCAGCACGGUCAUGCACUACUUCUGGCCGUGGCCCCCCGACGAGACCCGUGAGCAGUUCCUGGUGGCAGCCAAGGCGGCUGCAUGCAAGCUCAGAGCUUACACGACCAGGCUGGAGGAGUUGGAGGUGCCGGGCUACAUGUUCACGGUCAACCUGCAUACCUGUGUAUGCCGGCUGUACGACCAGGAGUGCCAGCUUGGGUCCGUGGCAGGGUUCUCCGACCUGCCGGUGGAACGCAUGAUGCAGCAAAUGAAGACGCAAGGCGGAAGGAUGGUUUCACAGGCACCCGAGAAGCACUACGCGCAGUGGCUGUGCCUGAUGCGGGCCUCCGAGUCGCUCACCGAGGCAGACCCCGCGACCGGGGCCAAACACACGACCAACCAGCAGCUUGAGAGGAUGUUGGCACGGCGCGCAGUGAACACCGAGGCUGCCUGGUUUGAUAAACCAGGAGCCAACGGUUACCUGCUUGGACGAGGCCACAUGGUCUACCCGAGUCCAGAACGAGUGGCACAAGUCCGGGCAGCCAUGGCGAGCCUAGUGCACUGGUAUGCCCUGGCAUUCGAGGAUGUGGCUUCCUGGACAUUGGGUCCCAGUGCGAGCUACGAACUGGACACGGACCGCCUGGAUAGGGUUCUCAUGUCUACACCACCCGACUGUCCCAAGGCCCGCUCCUUUUUGCAUGCCGAGGCACUCGACGAGGAGCAGUACUUCGGGGCUGAGUAUGGGCGCCAGCAGCAGCGGACCUCCUGCUGGGCAUGCUACCAGGCAGAAGUCGGCAACAAGACUCGGACGUAUGCGGCCUACCUCAAGUACUUCGUCCACCUGCCCGCAGAAGAUGGCGCUCAGGAUGUCCACUUCACUGUCGCAGAUGUGUACUCGGGACAGGUGUUCAGCGGGGGGCUGGUGGUGGUCAACAUGGCGGCCGCCCAGACAGCGAGGGCAGGCAGCCAGUGGGAGAUGUGGCAGGACGUAGGGCUGCCGCUAAAUGUGUACUCGGGACAGGUGUUCAGCGGGGGGCUGGUGGUGGUCAACAUGGCGGCCGCCCAGACAGCGAGGGCAGGCAGCCAGUGGGAGAUGUGGCAGGACCUAGGGCUGCCGCUAAGCCACCUGAUUUGCCGCCUUAAGGCAAGCUUGUGUAUGGCCCUCUACAAGACGGGGGGCCCGGAGGGCCUGGCCAUCGGCGGGCCCGCGCCUGGCAAGGCGGCCGCCACCAGCAACUUCAUGACGCAGUUUCAGAAGAAGGUCUUGGACAAGAUCCUGCGACCGUCGACUAUCACUGCAGACCACGGUGCUGUGGCAGCCGCAGUGGGAGCUGAGGCAGUGGAUACUGCGGCUAACGACAGUGAUGGUGCAGCAGCGAGAGCAGCCGCUGGGGACCACGAACAGGCGGUGGGUGGCGGAGAGGCUGCUGCCAUGGGCACACAUGCCGUGGAUGGUGGCACGGGUGGCGGCUGCACAGCAGGCGUCGCAGCAGCAGCAACCGCAGGGGGGGACACCGGCACGGGUCCCAGGCAGGGCGAGGCGGGCGUUGCCCAGGACGAAGAUACCACCAACUACGAUGCGUUCAAGGAGUGGGUCGGCGAG